AUGAAGACAAAUUCAGUGGAGUAUUACAAGCUGAAGGCGGCAGGGAAAAAACGAGUUAGUGGUUGUGAGAGAGACGAAGUCGAUGUUGCAGACUCAAAAGAGCAUAAGCAAUUGAAUAUACAAACAGAGGAGUACUACGCAUUGAAGGCGGCUGGUAAAAGGAAAGCUACAGAUUAUAGGAGAGAGGAAGGAGAGUUAAUUGGGUCUGAAAAUGGUGAUGAGGAAGACGAGCAAUACAGGUUUGAUUGUUGCGAUGACAGUGAUGGAGCAAGUUCAGGUGAUGAAGAAUGUGGUUUAGCAUAUAAGUUGCUAGCAGAGGGAGUUGGAGAGGGAAAAGAUGAUGGGGAGGACAUGGAAGAAGAGGCAAUUCAGGGAAGUAGUGAAGAUAGGAAUGCUAGUGUAGUGCCAGUUCAUGUGGCAGAGGCGUUAAAUCUUCGUUAUGGACUUAAGGUUGACUAUUGGAAAGGGCAUCGAAAACUUAAGCGCGCCAGGGAAUUAGUCAGGGGGAGCUAUGAAAAUGGAUAUGCAGAAUUACCAGGUUAUUUAUAUAGGAUUAGGAGAUCUAAUCCGGGGACUAUGACUAGGUUAAAAGUGGAUGAAAAUGAUAGGUUCAAAUCUGUUUUCAUUUCCUUUGGUGCAAGCAUAGAUGGGUUUAAGUUUAUGCGUAAGGUCAUAGUUGUUGAUGGAACUUUUCUGAAUGGGAAAUAUUUGGGAACUUGUGUUAUUCCUGAUGAUGAUGGAAUUGUCAUUAUAUCGGACAUACAUAAAUCAAUCGGGAAAGCAGUAGACAGAAUAUAUCCGCUAGCAAACCGAGGGAUUUGCACCUACCAUCUGCACAAAAAUAUAAUGCUUAGAUUCAGAGGUAGUGAAACGUUUAGGUUGGUGAAGCAGGCUGUAACUGCGUAUAGGCUAGCCGAUUUCAAUGUGUUAGUACGACAGAUAGAAGAAAUGAAUCUAGAACUGUAUGCCUAUUUGCAGCGUGCUGAUGUGAGUAAGUGGUCACGAGUUCACUUCCCUGGUGAUAGAUAUAACAUUACAACGACUAACAUUGCAGAAUCCCUGAAUAAAGUCUUAAGACCAGCAAGACAGUUUCCCAUUGUUCAACUGUUAGACGAGGAACGGGUAAGACAGGCAAGUUUUUUACAAGUUCAAGAAAUAGAUUCUCAUCACUACGAAGUUAGAAGUGGGUCUUCCGUAAAUGUUGUCAAUCUAUCGCAGAGGAGGUGUUCUUGUAGAGUCUUCGACGUCGACAAAAUACCUUGCAUACACGCGAUCGCAGCAGCGGAGAAAGCAAAUGUUUCAAGGAUUUCCAAGUGUCAUCCUUACUUCCGCGUUGAUUACCUACGGAGUGGUUAUGCGAAGUCUAUAAUGCCGAAAGACACAUCUUGCCAGCUGCCUUUAAGUGUGACAGAGAAAUCAGUUAUACCACCAUAUGUUCGGACUCAGUCAGAGAGGCCGAAGUUAUGUAGAAUUAAAGGGCCGUUUGAGGUUGCAAUGGAACGAAAACGUCCAAGAAAGCCACAUGCUUGUUCAAAUUGUGGACAUAUAGGUCACAAUCGAAUGACAUGUAUUUCGUAA